ACGUUACACAGCAUGCAAAUGCAAUAUUCUCUUGGCAACUGGCUGCGGUUCCCUUGCGAUUUACGUCUGCGAUGGCUCGUUAGUAGUCGCUCUUGGUAUCGGCUUAUUAUAUGAACGACGUACAUCAUCGCUUGACUUUCUGAUCGAGUUUGCCGGCUAAUAACAGGAAACAGUGACCUUCUAUAUAGUAGACAGUAACAUGUCUGGGUAUGUCGUGGUCAGUAAAGUGUCCGAUUGUUUGACGGGCACCCGGUACUCUAUGAUUUUGCACGCGUCACAUCAAAUUAAACGGACGAACGUUCAAUUAUUUUUCGAUCUCCACGACGGAUCUCGUUUCGUUUGUUAAAUUACAGAAACGUUCGAAAUAUUGCUCUUCUCUUUGUUUGUUGGUAAUCUCGUCGAGCAGCGUGACAAAUUAGCAGCUUAAUUGUACGUCUCGUAUUAGUAAAAAGAGCGCCAGUGACGCGAGUUUCUUGAGUUUUGCAAGUUUUGGCACGAUACGAUGUAAAUGAUUUUCGCAGCAACGCGCGUUUGAUUUGUGCUACCUUGAGCAAGCAAAGUAAUUGUUUGCAGCGUGUUGGAGAUUUCAAUAAUUUCUCUAGCUGCUUUGAUAGCCUCAUUGCCGAGGAACAAUCUAAAGAAGAAGAUGGGACGAGGAAGCGAGUGAAAAUUAGCGAAGAUGUACGGCCUAAUUCUGGAAAACAUGUCCGAGUACAUACGACAGGUGUACGGGGAAGAUAGAUGGGAGGAGAUCCGACGACAAGCAUCCGUAGAUCAACCUAGUUUCAGCGUUCAUCAGGUCUACCCUGAGAACCUUAUACCGAGAUUAGCGAAGAAGGCUAUUCACGUACUUGGCAUAACGGAAAAAGAAUUUUUCGAUCAGAUGGGUGUACACUUCGUCGGAUUCGUUGGCCAGUACGGUUAUGAUCGUGUGCUUUCAGUACUUGGGCGUCACGUAAGAGAUUUCCUUAAUGGAUUGGACAAUUUACACGAAUAUCUGAAAUUCUCCUACCCUAGGAUGAGAGCGCCUUCGUUUAUUUGCGAGAACGAGACGCGGCAAGGCCUGACCCUCCAUUACAGGAGCAAACGACGCGGAUUCGUUUAUUACACGAUGGGUCAGAUAAGAGAGGUGGCCCGACACUUUUAUCACAAGGAAUUACAGAUCGAGCUGGUGCGCGAGGAGAUUCUAUUCGACACCGUGCACGUCACUUUUCAGCUCACCUUUGAUAACAGGGCUUUUACCCAAGCCUCGUUGACUAUGACACGCGAAGAGAAGCAUUUGCCAAUAGGAGCCUCUGUCUUGUUUGAAAUAUUUCCUUUUUGUAUCGUUUUCGGAUCAGACAUGAUCGUAAGGAGUAUCGGAAAUUCUUUGAUGGUAAUAUUGCCCGAUCUAGUUGGCAAAAAGAUUACACACUUCUUCGACCUUGUCAGACCACUCAUUGCAUUCAAAUUUCACUCGAUUUUGAACAGAACGAAUAAUAUUUUCGAGCUAGUUACCGUGGAACCAAUUCUCACAGAACGGCCACCAGAUCGACAGAAAGAUGAAAUUUUAUUGAGCGACGAACUCGACUCGGUAGACGACAGAACCUUGAGAUUGAAAGGUCAGAUGAUAUACAUGGAUAACUGGAAGAUGAUGAUGUAUCUUGGUACGCCCGUUAUGCCAGAUUUGAAUUCCCUGAUCGCAACGGGUCUCUACAUUAAUGAUCUAUCGAUGCAUGACUUUAGCAGAGACCUGAUGCUUGCUGGCACUCAACAGUCGGUGGAACUGAAGUUAGCUUUAGACCAGGAGCAAUUGAAAAGCAAAAAGCUAGAGGAGUCUAUGAGAAAGUUGGACGAGGAGAUGAAACGCACGGACGAAUUGCUGUAUCAGAUGAUACCGAAACAGGUGGCAGAUCGUUUGAGAAACGGCGAAAGUCCGAUAGACACGUGCGAGAUGUUCGACAGCGUUUCAAUUUUAUUCUCGGACGUAGUGACAUUUACAGAGAUCUGCAGCAGAAUCACACCGAUGGAGGUGGUGUCCAUGUUGAACGCGAUGUACUCCCUUUUCGACACGUUAACAGAACGGAACCGGGUGUAUAAGGUCGAAACUAUCGGCGACGCCUACAUGGUGGUAUCUGGUGCACCAGUGAAGGAGAACGAUCACGCAGAUCGUGUGUGUGAUAUGGCGCUCGAUAUGGUCGAAGCGAUCACGGACCUCAAAGACCGAUCCACAGGUCUUCAUCUUCAAAUACGAGUCGGUAUCCAUAGCGGUGCUGUGGUGGCCGGUAUAGUCGGCUUGAAAAUGCCACGAUAUUGUUUGUUCGGUGAUUCGGUGAACACGGCAUCUCGUAUGGAGGCAACCAGCCAGGCAAUGCAAAUACACAUAUCAGAAUCCACGCGAGAACUAUUGUCACCGUCGUAUAAAGUUAAAGAACGAGGGGAGAUAGAAGUGAAGGGUAAAGGUACGAUGAAGACUUACUGGUUAGAAAAAAGGGAGCAUAGAUCGUCGUCGACGAAAGGAAUUACCAUUCAAGAACCGACACAGUGGAACACGAGAAACACCGAGAAAAGAGUGUCCGCAGGGACGUCGGCUACUUUCCAGACAGCCACCAUGUACGAAAAUCAAAAAUGCUUGGACACGUUGUCUAGGAGAGGUUCGAACAUAGUCUCGCCAACGCCUGCAGAUUCGACGUUCAUCCCCGAGGAAAGAAGAAUUUACUCGCCUAUCACGUUCCAAGACGUUGCUCGUCGAUCAGUGGCAAAUUCACCGACGAAGAACGCCGAUUCGAAAGAAUGCAGGUCGAACUCGAUGGGUGCGGUGAUGACCAGGAACUCGGAGAUGUUCAGCUGUCUUCUGAGCGACACCGAGGAGCACUUCAGACAGCACAGGGACAGUUUAUCGCCCCGCGCGGAGAACCGAUCGGCUGGGAUACAUCCGAAACCAGAGCUGAACGUGACGAGCUCGAGUUCGUCGUCGGAGGAGUCUCGUGACGACAGAGCUGCGUCUGCCGAUUCCGACGUCUCGAAGCGACAGAAGAGCAAAGAGUAUUACACCACGUUCCAUAGCGAUCUCAGCAACUCGCAGUCGUUGACGCACCAAGAUCAGUGUUGUCCUGGUUUCACGAUGUCGAAGAGCGGCAAGACGCGCCAUCAGAACAACGGAUGCUGCAUCGCCUAGUAGGACAAGCUGCGAGUCUGUCCAUCGAUUUGCCUUCUCGACGAGUUGACCUCGUUGUUUCGACGGUGCGUACACCGAGCGUGAUCGAACUCAUGGUUGCGAGCAUACACAGUGUCCCACGCAACUGGGACAAGCUACAGCUCUGAAACGGUAGAAGAUAGAGAAGAAAAUUCGUUGUACAAAAUUAAUCGAGGGCGAUGGUAAUUAAUCGUUUUGAAUAUUCCAAGAUCACCUGU